AUGCCGCUCGACAGAGCCCUAACAUUCGCGAAGACGGUCUCCGAGCUUGGCGGUCGGAUCGGACGCGCAGCCAGCGCGGCCCCGCCGAAGGACAAAAAGACAGAUUUAGAGAGCGAGCCGACUCCAAAUGCGGAUGGCCAAACAGAAGCAACGAACUCUCCCCCAGCCAGCAUGCUCAGUCGCUUCCGCAAUGACCACCCCAUCGCCGCUACUGCCACUGCCGCAGGGCUCGUCGUUGCGGCGCCGCUCCUCGCUCCCGUAGCCCUCGUUGGCGGGCUGAACGUAAUCGGGUUCGGCGCCAGCGGCGUCGUCGGAGGUUCGCUCGCGGCCGGGAUCCAGUCCGUCUUCUACGGCGGCGCUGUCACGAGCGGGUCCGCCUUCGCGAUCGCCCAGUCGAUCGGCGCGGGUGGGGCGGCGUUGACGGCCGCAGCGCCGUUCAUCAGUGCGGGUGGGGCUGCUGUGGGUGUUGUAGGCGCGUCGAGACUGUUGCCACAGGGCGGAGCAGCGAACGACACCGUCGACACCGCCAGUACUCGUGCCAGUCAGAGCCCCGAGGCGGCAUGA